AUGAAACUCAGAGGUAUUAGUUUUGCAGAGUUUCAAUCAUGCCACUUGCUUCUUGGUAUUGCUCUUGCACUGUGCUUAUACCAAGUCUCCUCCUCCACCAACGAAACAGACAGACUCGCCCCCCUCGCAUUUAAGGCCGGCAUAACUGCAGAUCCUUUCCGCGUGCUCGACUCAUGGAACCAUAGCAUUGGGUUUUGCCAAUGGUAUGGCAUUACAUGCGGCCGGAGGCACCGGAGGGUCACCAUCCUAGACUUGUCAUCACGAGGACUCUCUGGGCCAAUCUCUCCUCAUAUCGGAAACCUCAGCUUCCUAAGUGAAUUGCGGCUCCAAAACAACAGCCUCAAUCAUGAAAUCCCACCGCAAAUCGGCCAGUUGCGCCGCCUGCGUAUCCUACAAUUGCACAACAAUUCACUUGUUGGCGAGAUUCCCAGAAACAUGUCGGGUUGCUCAGACUUGGUCCUCCUCAAGCUUAGGUUCAAUAAACUAACCGGAGAAAUUCCUGGAGAGCUCGGUUCAUUUCCGAAGCUACUGCAGUUCGAUUUGCUUGGUAAUAAUCUGUUCGGGAGUGUGCCUUCAACCAUUGGGAACUUAUCUUCACUGGAGAUCCUUUUUUUAACCUUGAACAACUUGGGUGGGAGCAUUCCCCAAGCUUUUGGCCACCUGGCAAACUUGCAAGUCAUGGCUUUUGAAGGGAACAGAUUGUCGGGUACGAUUCCAUCUUCGCUACUCAAUCUCUCUUCGCUAAUUGCGUUUGAUGUUGGAGACAACCAGAUACAGGGGACUCUUCCUGCAGGCAUAGGCCUCAAACUCCCAAGUCUUGAAUUUUUUAGCGUUCAAAUGAACCAAAUUGAGGGGCCGAUUCCCCCAUCGAUAUCGAAUUGCACAAAGCUAGACGUACUUCAACUAGGACUCAACAGAUUUUCCGGGAAAGUACCUUCUUUGGAAAAUUUGUGUAAGCUUCGUAUGUUCCGAAUAUAUAAAAAUCAGCUUGGAAGUGGAAAACCCGAAGACUUGAGCUUCCUUCGCUCGCUAAAUAACAGCACCAAGUUGGAGGUUGUGGGUAUUGACGCAAACGCGUUUGGUGGGGUGUUAUCUAAAUGCAUCGGUAAUUUAUCCAUCACUCUCACAACAUUUUCUUUAACCAUGAAUCAAAUAUCUGGUGAGAUUCCAGAAGAAAUUGGGAAUCUUGUCAACCUGGAAGUAUUGUGGAUGGAGCUCAACCAGUUUUCAGGUGUUAUCCCCUCCAAUAUGGGGAAUCUGCACAAUCCAGGGACAAUAGAAUUAAAUGAUAACAACUUAGGAGGGACUAUUCCAUCCUCUUUGGGAAAUCUAACCAAGCUGAUUGAACUAUAUCUUGGUGGGAACAACUUUCACGGGCAAAUUCCUUCACAACUAUCAAACUGCCAGUCUCUUGAUGUGCUUGAUCUAUCUAGUAACAGUCUCAGUGGUGCCAUACCCCAACAGCUUGUAGGUCUCUCAUCAUUAACAAUCAUUUUGAACUUGUCUCGUAACCAUCUAACGGGAGUUUUACCCACGGAAGUCAGCAACUUGAGAGCUUUGACUGCGUUGGACAUCUCGGACAAUUUGUUGGGAGGUGAAAUCCCCAGUAGUUUAGGGGAUUGCACUGGAUUGACAUCACUGAGGAUGGGGGGCAACUUCUUCCAUGGGUCCAUUCCUCAAUCACUCAAAUCGUUAGGAGGCAUUGAAGAGCUAGAUCUUUCACGGAACAAUUUGUCAAGUCACAUUCCAGAAUUCUUAUCGUUAUUUCGUUCCUUGAAACUUUUGAAUUUAUCGUUCAAUAAAUUUGAAGGCAUGCUACCACGUGAGGGAGUCUUUGAGAAUGCUACCUGUAUUUCUAUCAUUGGGAACAAUGAGCUCUGCGGCGGACUACCGGAAUUUCACCUCCCAACCUGCAUCUCCAAAAGCUUCAAGAGCAGAAAGAUUAAUGUGGUGAUAUUGUCCACUUCUAUUGUUUUCGGAGUUCUUGGAAUAGCUCUUUUUCUAGCUUUUAUAUAUCUCUACUGGUUGAAGAAGAAAGUAAAUGAACCAAUUUCAAGUUCGAUGGAUUGUUCACCUCCGAACAUAUCUUAUGGAACACUCCUAAAAGCAACCGACGGUUUUUCUUCAACGAAUUUGAUCGGAGUUGGAAGUUUUGGUUCUGUUUAUAGGGGCAUACUCGAGGAUAAUGGAAUUGUUGUUGCUGUGAAGGUGCUUCGUUUAGUUCGUCACGGUGCUCUUAAGAGCUUCAUGGUCGAGUGUGAGGCAUUAAAGAACAUCGGACAUCGAAAUCUUUUGAGAAUACUAACAGUUUGCUCUGGAAGUGAUUAUCAAGGAAAUGAUUUUAAGGCCUUAGUUUAUCAAUUCAUGGACAAUGGAAGCUUGGAACUGUGGCUACACCCAAAUGCAACAUCAUCUCAUGGGAAUGAGCUUUCGAAAAAGUUGAAUUUUCUUCAAAGGAUCAAUAUUGCUAUUGGUGUUGCUUCUGCGCUUGAUUAUCUUCAUCACCAAUGCCACAUCCCGAUCAUUCAUUGUGAUAUAAAGCCAAGCAAUAUACUCUUAGAUGAUGAGAUGGUUGCACAUGUUGGCGACUUUGGAUUGGCAAAAUUCCUUCUUGGAUCAUCCCUCGAUAUCGUAGCCAGCCAGAUGAGCUCAGCUGGUCUUAGAGGGACAAUUGGUUAUGCUCCACCAGAAUACGCGAUGGGACGCGAGGUUUCAAGAGAAGGUGAUGUUUACAGUUAUGGCAUUCUCUUACUUGAGAUGUUCACAGGGUUAAGUCCCACUAGUGAUACAUUUAGAGACAAUUUGACUCUUCAUAGUUUUGUCGUAGAAGCUUUGCCUGAACGAGUGCUCGAAAUUACGGAUAGUGUUCUGCUUCAAGAAAUGGAGAGCCAUUUAGGCCUCUACAAUCAUCAGCAUUGCCUUUCCAAAAGCCAUGGUAUAUUUCAAGAGUGUUUGCUUAUGGUGUAUGAUAUUGGAGUUGCUUGUUCAAACAAAGAACCCGGAAGACGGAUGAACAUCAGCGUGGUUGCGAGUUUGCUGCAUCAAAUUAGGGAGAACCUCUCUGCUCUGAGUUUACAUGGAUAA